CCCGAUAAUAAUCGGGAAUCCAGAGUCGCGGUCUUGUUUUGUAAUUAUUUGGGAAGUGAAAAAAGUAUAAGUGCCCUUGAAAGGAUCGAUCAAAAUAUUGGUUCAAUUCGGUAGUCACCGUGUCGGUAAUGUGUUUAUAUGUAAGUUUUGAGAGUGCUUGUGACUCUCAACCAGCUUUCCUAGGAUGAAGACUCUCGCAGAAGUGUCGUAUGUGAAUCCUUGUCAAAGGCUGGUGUCGGAUUUGGCUCGGUUUGCAAUACUCGGUGCGACAUGGCGAGAGUGCUCGAACUGAGUGGUUGCUCGUGUUCUGAAUGAGCAGUCAGAAAUGAAAUGCAUAUACAGGAAGGAACAAACACAACUCUGACAACAUGUACCAAAAUGACAGAGGAAGUGGACAGAAGACAUGGCGUGAAUGGUAACAGCAGUAAGGGUACAAACGAGGAUGCUCCAGUGCACAGUUCCGCCCUCGCAGCGACGGGAGGAAGGCUCAAGUUCUUUAAAGAUGGGAAGUUCAUCUUGGAGCUGGUGCGCGGCAGCGGGCGCGAGGGCGAACGUACAGGCUGGGUGUCGGUACCGCGCAAAACGUUUUGGCCGCCCGCCGCCGCGUCGCCCACGCCGCCCGCGCCGCACCCGCCGCCCACCUCGCUCAGCGUGUCCGAUGACAACUCCUCAAUCCAGUCUUCGCCGUGGCAGCGCGACCACUGCUGGAAACAAGCCGCGCCGCGCCGCAACCUCUCCAAAGAGCUAGCUAUGUACUACUGCCGACCCGCUGGCCUGGCCUGCUCGGCUAUCGCCGUCGCCAGUCGCCGUAAGCGCCGUCGCCCCUACGAUACCUCGCACCUCGACCUGUCCAACGGCCUGCGCAGGCCGCUCGCCAACGGUGUCUGCGACAAGAAGCGCAACGGUGACGCGGCUUCGCCCGAAGCCGCCGCCUGCCGCGGCGACGACACCGUCGACGGGCCCUCGACCGACACCAAAACGAAGAAUACGACUGACGACAAGUGGUCGGACUGUGACCGAGAAAAGUACUACCACAUGAAACUCAAGAAACCAUAUCAGUAUCAUAAAUUAAGAGUGUACAAGAAGACGAGAUCCGCCUUCCGACCCAAGGAACUGAACCGCACCAUCGACAAGUUGCGGGAGAGGAUAGCGUCCCUACCGGCGCCGAUAAACGCGAAAUUAGCGAACUGCCGGCAGGAGCACAUGAUGGUUUCACCCCGAAAACGUAUACUUCGCGAACUGGAGCGAGUGAGCCUCGAAGAUCAAGGAAUGAAGAGACGAGCCAAGACUGUGCCCGCGCUGAGCACGGCGUCGUAUCCUCCGUCGCCGGGCCCCAGUCACGCCCCCAAAGCGCCCUCCGAGGUGCCCGCCAGGUCGCAGAACGGCUCGGCCCGCAAAGACCCGCCCGUGACGAAAAACGUGAGCAGCUACAGCAUACACUCGCUCCUGUCCAUGCCCGACGAGAGCUCCGCGCGCCGAUCGCCGGAAGCGAAGCGCUCGCCGCACUCGUACCCGCCCUCGCUGAAGACCGAGUCGCCGUCGAGCGUGCACUCGCCCGACUUGAGCCCGAGCCCCGACGGCUACCGGUACCGGUACUCGGCGCUGACGCUGGGCUCCCCCGGGCACGGCGUGGCGCGCGACUCGCCCACGCCGCCGUCGGAGCUGGCGCGCCUCCGCGCGGCGUACGCGCCCGCGGCCGCGCCGGCGCCGCCGCCCUUCGCGCGCCAGUGGAGCGCGGGCCCCGCGCCCCCGCCCCCGCCCUACCGCGGCUCGCCCCAGCGCGACGACUGGCGCGACGUGCCCGUGUACGGCUACCCGUACGUGGCUCCGCUGUACCGCGCGCCGGCGCCGCCGCCGCUCUGGAUGCACUACGCGAUGGCCCCGGGCGCGCCGCCGGGGCCCUGGGCGCCGCUCGCGCACCCGCUGCUCACCGACCACAUACCCAAGGACGAGCCCACUUCGGAUUUGCCAUUGAACUUGUCGAAGCACUGAGGAGGACGAUUGGCGCUGGCGCGAGUCUGACGCAUGAGACUGAACACACAAACGAAGCUUGUUGUUAGAUCGGAAUUAUGCAUUUGUGCGUUGCAUGUAAAGGGCGAUCAAGGACUUUAGAUCGAUGUAUUUGUUAUAUAUUUUUAACAUUUUAUACGAUAUUCGCGGAGCAAGUUCGAACAGUAAACUGUGGUAUUUCGUCGUCAACAAACUGUCCUAUCUACAUUCCAUUAUCGCACUAACGAUCGACGCGUAGAAAUCAAGAAAACUUCAUCCCACCUAUUCCGAUUGGUGACCGCCGCGUCGCGUUUCUUCUUAAAUUGCAAUACGGUUACUGUAACAAAUGUAUUUAGAAUGCCAGAAAUAUUUUUGUAUAAAUUAUGGUUUUCCAAUAAAGUCCUUUGGAAAUCUAUUUACAAAUUAAUGUAUAUUUAAUACAAUGAAAUACUAUAUUUUAGAUCUAUGUAUGCAGAGUUCUGUGUGUAUUUUCAUACUAAAUAUUUGUACUGCAAGUUAAAUAUUUUAAUAUUGGCUAUUAUUUUAGGCUAAGAUGCUAGGAUGACCUAACUAAACAAAAACAGUUAACAUUGUUUAAUAAAUCAGUGCCUUGAUACGAGAAGAUAUGGACAUAUUUAUUAAAAUUGAUACAUAACUAUUAGACAAUUCUGGGCUUUUCCAAUCUACAUUAUUAAAUACCUAUUUUCGUAUAUGUUGAAACUGUAGUACAGUUAAAUUUUUUCCACUUACACACACAGUUGUAACAUUGAAUUCCUAUUUCUCAUUCAUUGCAAAAUUCCAUGUUGUUUAUGUUCGAUCUCAUUAUUUAAUGUAGAAAAUAAAACGAGGUAAAGACUACAGUUUUGGGAUCAAAUUUGGAUGUGUGUUUAUGUAACAUGUAUAUUAUUAUAAGAGACAUUGUAUAUAAUUUGUGAAUGGUGUAUUAUUGAAGGAAGGACGGGCGUAGAUUUUAUCAGAGCAUUAACCGCUUACGAUUUAUCGGUAAGAGUUUAUUACCUUCAAAUAAUUAUUUUAAUUGUACAGUAUUUUUGUAAUGAGUAUUUUAUGAAUGAUUAUACUACGAUGUUCGGAGUCUUGUCGAGUGGUUUUGGUGGAAUAUGUCGCGUGGGCACGUCGCACACCGUUCGCAUAAGAAUGCCCACGAGUCGCGUCAUUUCGUGACCCAAUUUUGAGCGAGUUCGCGGUCCGCGCGAUACGGCAUUUGAGAUUAAACAUAGACGUAGUUUACUGCAAUUUUAGUUGAAGUAUGGAGUUAUGUAAUAUAAGGACAGUAAAGGAACGGUAAGGGACUGACUUCUGAUGUAAUAUUAUCAUUAAUGGAAUUGUAUAAAAUAAACAUGUAAUCGGAGGCCUACUGUAACAAAUGUAUUGUCCGCCAACAAAGUUGACUUUAGUGUGUAAAUGUAGCUGUAAUAGAUCCUGCUCAAUUUAAUUCUGAGUACAGUUAGGAAAAACGUUAGGAAAUUGUUGAGUUGGGAGGAAACUGUAUUUAGGAUUUUUUUCUUUUGAGUAUGUGCUGCCCACCAAAAGAGACUCAUCUAUGGGUAACAUAUACUUGAAUGCUAUUUAUUUAAAAAUAUGUAAAGCUUAGUGCAUGUGAAAUGUAAAAGUGUGCAUGGAUCUAGCAUUUAGACACAAGAAAUUACAUUGAAGUAUCAGCUUAUGAAUAUGAUAUUACACAAGGUAACUGAACACAUAUUUUUGUUUCCACAUGCUUCAGAAAAAUAAAGGUUGUUAAUGUGAGCUUGUUUAUCCAAAGCACUAUGACAUUGUGUGUAUGAUCUAAAGCAAAGCAUUUAGUGGGUAUAAGUUCUCCUUUCUUAAGUAAAAGAACAAUCAAGUACAUUAGAGUGCCAUUGAAAACGCUACAGUUUAUGCUUAUUAAGUAUGUAAGUACUUUUGUAGGAAAUACAGAUUCCUCCCGACUGCAACUAUUUUAAACGCUGUUAUGAAGUUAUUCACAUCAUGUAAACACUAAUCGAAGUAUAUGAUAACGCUUUCGAAUAGUGAUGCGUGACGACACACGUGUCUUAUCCACUUGAAACAAUAUUUAUCAUGCGGAGAAAUAGUUAUUAUCCAUUAUAUUAAGAUGUAGUUAUGUA